UACGCACACCCGCACGCCCACAUGUAAUCAAAGGCGCACGUUGUUCAGACUUAAACCUAUUGCAAUAAACCAAACACGACAACCUUUAGUGGGCGCAGUCCUCCCUUCCUCUAAAAUCAUUCGGGAGGUACUGCCUGCUAUUAUGGCUUUCGAGAUCCGCUCACCCACGGUGCUCUGGGGCAGGAAACUAUUUUACCGCCUUUUGGGAGAAGAAUAUAAGCUGUGAUCUGUCCUUACAUGUUACGAUAAUGCCCAGCAGAAAGCGUAUCAAAAGCAAACUGAUCAAAUCUUGCAGCAGGUGUAAGGAUUGGCUGUUUUUACAGUUCGCUAACUGAAACCGCAUAGAUGAUAGCAUUUGUCUUCAACUGGACCACGUUCUUUCGGCUGCUUUAGUUGUUGGUUUUCUGGUGACUCUGAAUAUGCUGUUUUAAAUAGUUGGACUCUUAGAAUACUGUUUGACGGCGAUUGUUCUGUGUACAUUUGAUGUGAACCCAAGAUAGGAUGGAAGUGGUCACGAUACGAGUUAUUUGUUUCCUUAAUAUUCGGUAGCUUAAAUACUCAGUGCUCGGUGGUAUUCAGGAGUAUGAAUUUCUUACUUCGGAAAAUGGGACGCACUGAAGAAGAACCAUCAGAAAACAGCACAGAGGAAGUAUCAGCAGAAAUGAAUGCCAACGGCUGGAUAAUGAUGGUCACCACCCCAGUUAAUGAUCAUGGUCCCCCACGUCUAAUUGACAGCACAAAACUGCUUAGGGUACAGAUAGUGCUCAUUGUGGCCUAUUGCACUAUAAUCCUGCUCGGUGUUAUUGGCAAUUCCUUGGUCAUUUACGUUGUAAUUAAGUUCAAAACUUUGCGAACUGUUACCAACUUUUUCAUAGCCAAUCUUGCACUGGCUGAUUUGCUGGUGAAUACCCUGUGUCUGCCUUUCACUUUAGUUUACACAUUAAUGGACCAAUGGAAGUUUGGAAUGCCCCUAUGUUACCUUGUUCCCUAUGCUCAGGGUCUGGCAGUUCACGUAUCUACAGUGACACUAACCGUCAUUGCACUGGACAGACAUCGAUGCAUAGUUUAUCAUCUGGAAAGCAGAAUAUCUAACACUGGAAGUUUGAUUAUUAUAGGCGUUACUUGGGGAAUAAGUGCAAUUUUGGCGAGCCCUUUAGCAAUGUUUCGAGAAUAUUCGCUAGUGGAGUUUUCCCAUGAUUAUAAAAUACAGGUUUGUUCAGAAAAGUGGCCAAAUGGACACGCUAGCACUAUUUACAGUAUUUCAAUGCUGCUCAUGCAGUACAUUUUACCAUUAACAGUUAUAUCAUACGCCUACAUCAGAAUUUGGACAAAACUAAGGAAUCAUGUUAGCCCCGGGGGAGAUAGUGAUCACCGCCAUAACAGACGGCGCAAAACCACAAAAAUGUUAGUGGCUGUGGUAACGGUCUUUGCACUUUGCUGGCUUCCAUUUCACGCUUUUCAGCUUGCCAGUGACAUAGACAGCGAGGUUUUAAACCUAAAGGAGUAUAAACUGAUAUACACUGUAUUCCAUGUAGCAGCUAUGUGCUCCACCUUUGCUAAUCCUUUACUUUAUGGAUGGAUGAACGGCAACUACAGAGCAGCAUUUAUUGCUGCAUUCAGAUGUGAACAAAGACCAGAUUCUAUCCAUCCUGAAGUUUCAGUGAAAAUAAAAUCUAAGACAGUCGUUAAUAUCAAAGACACUAACGCAGAUGUCUCCACACACAGUUCAGUUAUGCAUCCUACUAAUGUUUGAAACACUUAAAAGUACAGGGUAUUCGGCGGUGCAAUGGAGAACUGAGGACAGCUCACCAAUUAAUUUGGUAGGUAGGAACAUAGGGUCAGCCCCUCAGUGCAAGCAUUAUCAGCGGAAUUAAUCAUAAUCGAUACCACAACUAUGGCAGUGAAGAAUGGCUGUAGAAGCAAGGGAUUCCUGGGGGAGGCUUAAACAUUGCGGUAGUAACAACACACAAGUAAGGUUUAUGCCAGGAGAUGUGGUGGCUUGCAUAAAAGCUGCAUGUUAGUAACCAGUAUAUUUUAUUGCUUUGCCAAAAACAAAAGAAAAAUCGAUCAGCUUUGCUUUUAUGAGCGAGUUUGAACUUUAACGAGAAUGCAAAGAACUAAUAAAACACUUACGUUGUGGUAAGCAGAUAUUACUCCUGCACUCCAUACAUUUGUAUGCUAUCAAGAGGUUUCUGAUGUGGUCCAAAGGACAAAAUGUGCAGCAGGAUAACCUUAUACAUACUAUCAAAAAGGCGAGCGAUUUGUGUAUUUAAGGCAUACAGUUACGGGCCGGCUUUAGCAACUUUUUUUUUGCAGUUUAGUAGUGAUUGCAUUCACUCCAUCCCCAAUAGAGCAACAUCAGCUAUUUUUCGAGUGGUGGCAACUGAAAAGUAACAUGGCACUACAAAAAGUGGACCACAAGAGGUCGUUUUCAUUUUUGUAAUGUUUAGGAAAGUAAAACUUUGUUAGCUUGUUUAUAACAGAUUGAACGUGCAGAUGUUUUUUUUUUUUCUUUUUUUUAUUUAGUGGCUCAAAAAGAAAGAACGAUGCCCAUUAAACACAGUCAUUUGUAAACUUUCCAUAGCACCACAAGAACACCUUUUUAUCAUGGUUGAUACAAUUUACUUGCGCAAAAUUAUGUCUGUAUUGUAAGGUAAACACCUUAACCAUUAGCCAACCUCCCACCUUGUGUUUAGGGGACUUGAAUUAGGUGCAAGUAAUUGAAGCAGUCUGUGCUGCAGAUGGGUUAAUGGGAUGGUCCACAGCUGCACUAUGAUAUCACCGUAACUAAUUUAAGUAAUAAAAUAGCUUGCAAAGCAAAUCUUACUACACACAUCACUUACAUUUUUUUUUUCUUUAAGAAGAACAAACUGUGCUACCUAUAUUUUAAUUUCUAAAAAUAUUACCCCCAUGGUAAAUAGAUCACAACACCUGGUUUAAAUGUCUAGGGUAGAUGGAUGCUGUUUACACUAGUGACAUGCUGAGUGUACUGGUUAGAUCAAAAAGUGAGUUAUGUAACUAAUAAAAUAAUGUUAAAAAAUCCAUAAAUAUUAAGACUUGAGAACAGUUAACUGGAAAGUUCUAAAGGGAUACGUCACAUAACUGUACAAAUAAAAACAUUGCUGCUGAAAAUGCAGUCAGUUUUUGCAUGGCUUUGCACUUUGAAGAGAGAAGGAUGAUGGUGGUGAAGAAGGGGAAGGGGGACAGAUAAAUGAGUUUACAUAAAACGGACCUGUUCACCAUUAGUACAAAACCAAUGCUUAUGCAAUAUUAAAUUAGACAUGCAUGUAAUUAUUUAAAUGCAUGUAUGCACAUGCUACAAUUAUUUGCCAUAUGAUUACCUAAUGCUGAAGAUAAGAUAACUGUAUGCUUACACCCCUAUAUAAGUUUAUUAAGAUUGUAAUAACGUGUUGCAUGUUUAUGUGUACUCCGGUACAACUUAUUACUCUUUCGUUCAUGUGGUCAUGUUUUCUACUGAUCUUUAAUCUUUGAGCAGUAUCAUCUUUAGGAGAAAAUUUGAAUACUAGAAUUUUGCAGUACAUCAUCUUGGGAGUAACAUAAACUGAUUGCAUUUCACUCAGUACUGAAAAGUUAGCAAUAUUUGUGUAUUCACAUGGUAGCUUGCAGUGAUGAUGCAUUUUUCUAGAUCUUAUGUUCUGGGACUCUGUCUAAUUGAGCCUCCUUCAAACUACAGAAAAGUAAUUAAACCUUUCCUAUAUACCAGCAAGUAUACUAAGUCACCACUAUAUAACAAUAACUUCACACACACACACACACACACACACACACACACACACAUGUCAACUUUUGGCUUAGUGCAUUAUUCUUUUAUUACCUAUCUGCUGCAAACAAAAUACAUGUUCAUUGAUUCUAUUUCUUUGUUUACCCUAGUCCUAUAUCAAAACAAUGCUGAACCUAUUAAGGUUUUAAAUAUACAGAAUUUUUAUAUUUACUCUGACCUCCACCAAAGUAAGUCCAGGUCUCCCAAAAGAGACUUAUCUCACCAUCUAGGAACAUAUUUCCGCUUCUGUAAUAUGUGACAUUAAAUGCAAUAUAUGUGAUUCAAGCUGUACUUGACAGGUGCACCAAACUGCAUCAUGCUGAAGAGAAAUAAAUGCAUGUCAUAGUCUAUCAGUAUGCUUCCACUGUACUUACACUUAAGACAUAACAAUACAGAAACAAAAUAUGUAUUUAUUUAUAAAAACAUGAAGGUUGAGAUGGCAUAAUUUACCAACACAAGGCAUUGACUGUAAUAUUAACAAUAUUCUGCAAUAUACUAUUAAACAUGAAGCAUUAGGUUACACAGUUUAACAGCUGAAGUGAUUCAAAUAUUAACAGUAUGCACAGUAUAUUAAGACAACAUUUUUGGUAUGGUUCAGCAUUUGCAGUAGUAUUGUAGUAACAACAGCAGUAUUAGGGAGAGUGGUAACUGUAGCAAAUGUAGUUAUAUUACAGAUGGCCUGGCAUAUUAUAUGGACCUUUUUCCAUGACAUAAUUCUUAGCCAUAACAAUUGUCCUUGCUAUAUAUUGCUACAGUGCCAGGCAUGCCUCUAAUGUUUAAUAAACAGAGUGAAUUUUCAAUGUUAUUUUCAAUGUAAUAAGAGAAGCACAACAGUGCACUUUUGUUACAUUCUAAUACAAAUCAGUGCACUAUUGUUUUAUUUAGGUCUAGUAUAACUACAAAUUAAAUAUGCAUUUCCAUUUCCAGAACUAUCAAACUCUUACUACAAUGUAUUACCAGAUAGGUUUAUGAGUUGUGUCACUGAAAUAAGAAUUAGUGUGAUUGAAAUCAGCACUAACUCAUUCAAAGUAGCCUUCUUUUAAGAAGACUAUUUCUGAAAUAUAAACUGCAACAUUUUCUUUUCUGAAAUAUAUGAGAUAUGUUUUCUUUCUGUGUGGAUUACUGUGCUUCAUGCAGUGGUCUAUGCGCUGUGCAUUAUCUACUUUUUUAAUCUAACCUCGGUCAUUGUAUCUCAAGGUAAAAAGGGCAAUUCUGCAACCCAGCGGCCUUGGAGUUCUGAGACUACACACACUCUCACACACAUACAACACACACACACACACACACACACACACACACACACACACACACACACACACACACACACACACACACAAAGCAAACUAUGCUUCAGUAGUAGCACUUUUUAAAAUGUAAAAUGCUUGCUUUUUGUUAGUUAAAACAGCCUUCAGUCAGAAAUAAUGUUGUUUUCUAUGUCUCCUUCGUUACAAAGAGUGUUGGUGAAUCUCACUUCAAUGAGCUGACUACCAUCAAAUAAUAUUUGUUUUAAGUCAGAAUAUUAAAAGCAGAACUAACAUUA